AUGGAUCACAACACGAAACACUUCGCUUGGAUCAAAGACUUAUUCAGCCUCGUGAGCUCGCAGUUGAGCAAGAAAGCUUACAAGAAAUACAUUUGCGAUCGGUGUCUGCACUACUUCCAUUCCAACGAGAAGCUGGAGAGUCACGUGGUAGGCUGCCAAAAAAUUAACGACUGUGCCAUCAUUCAACCUAACGAAGACAAUAACUGGUUAAGUUUUAGCAAUCAUAGCAGGAAGGAGCGAGUUCCCUUUGUGAUAUACGCCGACCUAGAGUGCAUACUGGAGAAGACGGCAAGGAAUGGAGAGGAUCGCAAUUUGUACACAUACCAACAUCACAGGGUAUUUAGUAUAACAUUUUAUAUACGUUGCUCGUACGACGAUUCAUUAUCUGAAUUUCAAAGUCGUCGUGAUAGUGACUGCAUCUCAUGGUUCGUCGGGCAACUCGAAGAAAUAGCACACCGCGUAAAAGUAAUAUUAUCAUCCAAUGUCCCCAUGGAAACUUUGUCG